AUGCCCACCGAGCUCAAGCAGGCUGAACUUCGCCAUGGAGGGCUGGUCCUGUGGUAUUUCACUGAGUCGCUGGAAUGUUGCCGAAAGCACAUGAAGCAGGCCGAGGCCGUCAUGCCGCCCCAGAGGAACGACCAGAUCGAGCUAAGCAACAUGCAAGACGAAAUCACCUUCUUGGCCCAGUCCAUGGCCAAGGCAAAGAGCGAAGCAGAGCUGAAUGCCCUCGCGCAAGUCAUGCAGAAGGUGUGCGUCGAACAAGCUCAUCUGCAGACUGAGCAAGAGGCCACGCUCGCAAGGCGACAAGUCGGAUUCCUCAACGCCCAGGAGGAAAUUGUCGAGCGCUACAUACGCGAGAGGGAGGCUAUUGACAGUAAGCUUUCUGCCCUCAUGUGCAACAAGGAGUAUGUAGCAGGUCUCAUGUGCGUGGGUUCAGGGAAGCCUGGGGCCGCUGGACAGGGUGUGUGGGGAGAUCAUGAUGCAGGCUUGCCAGCAAGAGAGACAGGGCGGAAGCGCCUGAUGCCUGUGGGUGAUGGUGCGAAUGAGCCCAAGAGGCAAUGUUCUCAACACGAGAUGAGUUUUUUCCAUGAUGAUAGUGACUCGUCCCAGGAAGAGGACAAGGAAGAGGGGGUUCCAGUUUCCAGAAAUCCCGAAAACACACUCAGAUUUUGA